AUGAGCGACAUCGAUGUGACUCAGGAUAGCAAGGCGUUCAUCUCACGUUGGGUCGCGCGUGCAUUCGGUCAAGUCGCUUACAAUCGUUUGGGAGCCAAAAAGGGGUACGUGGGCUCGAGAGGCGAAGCGGACCGUCAUGUAGUCGUGAGUGCAGAUGGUGCAGAGGCCGCUCUAUAAGCGAGUGCCGGUCGUCAUCAGUCGACUCGCUCACCUGUUGCCCCGCCGCGACGGCUGCGCAGCUCUCCCUGCUACUCUCGCCAUACGACAUUCCAUCAGGAUUCAAGCUCAUCGACGCAACGGCAAUCCUAGUAGUCGGUCAGGUGGAGAUCUGGCUGCCCGUGAUGAUCAGCAAAGGUGAGGGUAACAAUCGCGAAAAAGGGCCGUCGGUCAUUCUUCGCUCAACGAGCUCGAACUUUUCCACUGCCCUAUUGACCUUCUCCGACGAUAGGCUUUCAAGCUCGUCUAUCGCUCUCCUCGAGAAGUCAUGAGGGUCUGCCAGAGUCGAAUGUGAGAAAGAGCGGCGAGGUCGACCUGACCGCUUUCCCGCCCGAACUACGCGGAAAAGCGCGUUCCAACGUCAAGCGUGGUGCGGUUUUCCUGGAGGGAAGGCAGGACAUCACGUUGCUUUUUCGGCAUGUGGGCAAAGACGUAGCAAAAGCUUCGGAUGCUGCCAAGAUGCCAGACAUUGCAGCUGUGCUCUUACCCUCCCCUGAAAGCUCAACGGCAAGCGUCGCUUCUCGAAGUUCUAGACAGGGGUCAGUCAUUCUUGAGCGACCCGACCAUCCUCCGCAGCCGUGCUUUGCUCUGCUCUGGAUCGACCAUUCGAAAAUUGUCAUUUCUGGCCCAACGAUGCAACAGGGAGAAGCUCACGAGUCCCGCAUGUUGAGGAUGUUGCCCAAGAUGUGGCGCUCGUCGACACUGCUCGUACCAAGCGAAGCUAAAACGGACCGUAGUCUGCAAACAACGAGAAAGGCGGCAGGAGAGGAAGACGGGAUUUGCGCUUUUGACAAUGGUGUUGCUGUCCAAUUGAAGAAAGCGGACUUUCAUGGUAAGGCCCAGCGAUCGAAGUGCGCUAGCAGUUCAGGAAGUUGAUUUUCCUCGCACGCCUGUAGGUAACGACCACCAACAAAGACGUGGUGAUCUCAUCGGCACCAUAACUCUUCAUCUGUGGACGAAAGAGUCCAUCAAGGGUGUCAGUAGGCCUUAUACGGCUCUGCAUGUCCCGGACGUGAUUUUGUGAGCGGAGUAGAGAGAAAUUUCCCUCGACAGACAUUGAUGAUGUUGCGUCCCCUCCACCAGCCACUUUGAUCUCCUAGAAGCUGGUCGAGACGUCGGUCCUGGAUACGCCGAGCCUCGCACCACUGCCGCGAUAGAAAACUUGACGAGCGAUCUAGGGCGUGGACUCACGGUGCAAAGCGAUGAAGCACCAGUCGGCACGAUAAGGAGCUCAAAGGCUCGACAAAGGGAUUUAAAAGGAGAAAGUCCCUGUUCGAUUGAUCCCUCCCAAACCUCUCAUAGAUACGGGUCCCCCGCAUGUUCGAGAGCCGACAGUCAUAGAGGUGGCCAGCAAAUGAGUGGGACUGCGAACGGCGAUGCGAAGGUCACCGAAAAUGUUCCACCAAAAUCCCUCAAGUCUAUGUCGGCGACACAAGAGCCUGCAAAGAAGUUGAUAGAGGGCGGCAGCACAAUUCAUCCAGGAGAAAUUGGCUCAGCCUCCGAUCCAGAACUUAGCGAUGGGUUCGACAAAUUUUCGAACCCUCCGGUAGGAUGCGAGGGGACGAUGAGGACCACACAAGAUCCAGGGCAGCAAGUGGCCGUGAAGACAUCGAACAACCAGAAUGCACCGGGCUAUGAUCAUCAGUCGUCAUCGGUCCAGCAUCUGUCCAAUAUUGCGCCUAGCUCGAGUAGCAAGCUAGCAAGUACUGAAAGCACCUUUCAAAGCUUUCCAGCAUCGCCACUGGCCCUGAUUCCCGCUACCUCAGCUGAGAUCGAGUACUUGAUUGACGACGAAACAAGCCUUAAGACGGAGAUUCGUGCUGCCAUUUCAGACUCUGCGGUCGAAGGUGGGACCGUUCGUGACAGUCGCGAAUCGCUGCCCGUCGCGAACACGUUGAGACAGGUUCCGGCAUCAAGACCGCUAUCACUCACCGAAGCUGACAUCUGGUCAGCUCAUCGAGGUCUCGAGCCAAUCAAGGUGCGCGAGUGGGUUCGGACAUUCCCUCAUUGCUCUUGCUGACUGCCUCUUGGUAUCCCACUUCACGCCAUACAGCGCCAAGCGAGAGACUUGGAUCUGCAAAAGUUGCUGCUUGAAGAGAAAUUGCGGGAGCGUCUGGCGGCGGCCAUCGAGCAAGAGCGUCAGGACUGGCUGCAACAGGUGCAAGAGAAGCAGCAAGAGGUUGAUAGGUUGAAGAGGCUUUUGGAAGAAGGCACCGAGAACGGAGUCUAA